AGAUUUUCUCUCUCGGAAAAUAAGAGAGAAAUGAAAUCAUCCUCUUCAUCUUUCUCUUGUACAUGCUUCGCAAAAAUUUGCAGCCUUUUAACGUCGCGAUUUUCGGAGAAAAUCUAAGCACACGAGUAUCACGCUAUCGUCGCGUCUGAGAGAAAAAAUUGAUAUUCGUCUCCGAGAUUGAAUGGGAAGAGAUGCGUAUCGAUACUCAAUCAAGCUUAAGCGCCUCCGCCGAUAACUCCGAGGCUAAUUAGCGCCUGUUGAUUGGUCACCUUCGCCGGCGCGCCAUCGCGUCGGCCAACAUACGCCGAGGGGUGGGGGCUUAUUUACUUGCGUCGGGUCACGCUGAUCUCGGACGAGACGUUAGUCUUGCGUGCGACGCGCAUCGCGUUGUUUCGUUGCGUUUGCGCCUUUUCUCUCUCUCUCUCUCUCUGUCUCCUCUCGUUCCUUAAAUAUACAUAUCUGCGUCGCGCUCGCUGAUUCCGAUGGCACGCUGCCCGCCGUCGUUUUGACGGGAUUUCAAUGAUGUAGAACGUGCCAAUUGAUAUGGAGUUGACGUUUCGCGCUGGUGCACGGACCGCGGGCCUUAAAGGCUCCUGACGAUUUCGAAAAGAGGAUAACUUGAAUAUGAAUAUUUCGGAACUCGAUGGAAUCGACGAAUCGUUACGUGACACGUGAGCGGAUUUUUCCGUUAUAUAAAAUCGAAGUAGGACUUUUUGUGGAUCUCUCGGGACAAUCUUGAAGACGAGUGAUAUGACACAUGUGAUAAUCAAGUAACGAACAAUUAUCCGAAACGAAACACGGUAUUAUGAGACGGGAAUUGUGGACGCGGUUGAACGCAAGAAUCCGAGUUGAAAUUGUUUAGUGGCUCGUUAAGCGAUUUUUUGCUCCUUAUCGACAACGACGUGGCCGCGAAGAGAGUCAUAGAUUAUCGGGGGCCCUAAAUGGCACCCGAUUUCGAGAAGAGGCGCCAGGAAUUAAGGAGGGGCAGUAACGCGACCUUGGACCAUGUCAAGGAUCAUCUGGGCAUGCUCUUACAAUCGAGCCGUGCAAACGGCACUGUGUUAACGGAUCUUUAUCGUCAUGGUAACACUGCAGGCGGCACAUCGUCGACGGUGACAACAUCGUCUAUCUUGAGGAGCACCACAAUUACAAAUAAUCGCGCUCAUUCUACGACUAGGAGGACAGUUAGUCAUCAGCAACGACAACAGCAGCAGCAGCAACAAAGACAACAACAACAAAAACAAUCUAAAGUGCCGCUACCGUCUUUCAGUGGCGUCAAUGUGAGAAGCUCGGAUGACCACGGACCUAGAACGGGUACAACGCAAGACGACAACUCGAACGAUUCUGGUCUUGGCUCCGAGGAACGUCAACAGCACUUCAACAACGUCAACUCUUGGAACGGUAUCGGCGAGGAGGACACUAAAAGAAGAAAAAUGGACAUCAAGCUGGAAUCCGAGGAUGCAAACUUUGCAUUUCCGGAAGUGGCUCCUGGAACUAGUCCUGACAAUAAGUCCUUGACGACCAGAACCACCGCCAAUGGAAUCGGUUUGGGAAGUGUAUCCAAUAAUAGAACCGGAAACAAUAAUUCCAUGAACAGAAUCGUAGGGGUGACCAGACCUCGACCUGCCAUGGGCGUACUGACUAAGAGGACAUCGAUCGCUCAUCAGGGACCUAUCACUCUUACUUCGCAAUUGUCCAACAUCUCCGUCAACGGUAAGACUCAACUGCAGAUUGUGUGCCAACCGGAGCAACAACACCGGGCUCGCUAUCAAACGGAGGGCUCGCGAGGAGCGGUAAAGGACCGCAGUGGAAAUGGUUUUCCCAUUGUCCGACUGAUUGGUUAUGAUAAAUCGGCGACUCUGCAAGUAUUCAUUGGCACUGAUUUGGGCAGAGUGGCGCCGCACAUGUUCUAUCAGGCCUGUCGUGUAAGCGGCAAGAACUCCACACCCUGCAUCGAACGAAAGAUUGAUGGCACGAUUGUUAUUGAAAUUGACAUGGAUCCUGCAAAGGAUAUCACUUGCGAUUGCGUCGGCAUUCUGAAAGAGCGUAAUGUUGACGUGGAACAUAGAUUUCCUCAGGAGGCCGGAUUACUUCAGGGAAGAAGUAAGAAGAAAUCGACACGAUGCCGCAUGGUCUUCCGCACGAUUAUCACGCACACUGAUGGAACCACAGAGACGCUGCAAGUCUGUUCGCAACCAAUAGUUUGCACUCAACCACCUGGAAUUCCAGAGAUCUGUAAAAAGUCUCUGACGUCUUGUCCGUGUACUGGUGGAUUAGAACUCAUUAUAUUAGGCAAAAAUUUCCUAAAGGAUACCCGAGUAGUCUUUCGACUAGAUAAUGAUGAUGUGACAAGUCUGGAACAGCAGUGGGAAUGUACUGUGACGCCGGAUAAGGAAUAUCUGCACCCGGCGCACUUAGUAUGUGUGGUACCGGCUUAUCGCAGACAGGAUCUAGCACCUACAGAGACAGUCAACGUAAAAUUGUAUGCAGUAUCGUCCGGAAAGACUAGUGAACCACAUACUUUUCUUUAUACGGCCACUUCUACUCCCCCGCAGCCAUCUAUCGGCAAACUUGAGUCUAUUUCACCUCCUCUUCCAUUGGCGAACGGCGACACUAACCUGGUUACAUCCUCGUCCGUGGUGCCAUUAGUCACGGAUGUAGCACCCAGCACUUUAAUAACGCAAGCAGCUGUGGGAGCGAGUUUUCUAACUAAUCCUUCGACUCAGUCCCAACAAACCACCUCUUCAGCAGAGACACUGAAAAAUGAUCCCAGUCCGCCACCAGCGGGAACGUCCCAAGUACUUCCUGUAAUGAUGUGGGCCUCGCCUUCUUCGAAUUCACCCCCUGAUGUUAUGAUGCCACCUCCGGUGCUUGUGGCCAAUUCUCUAAUGAAUCGACGAUCCUCAUCGAAUCUACAACUGAUUCUGCCAGACAACUUAAAAACGGAAGUACUGGAUGAGAAUAGUGAGAAUAGUAUGCUGAGUGAAAACAGCAUGCAGAGCAUUCCAACACCGACGACCACGAACGGACCGACAUCUUCCACCUCUCCCCUUCAGCAAUUAGUUAAUGAAAACUCUAGAGAAGCCGCGUCUUCGCAAGCUGAUAUCAUCAGGACUGUCGGUGUCGCAACUGCUAGUAACAGCCCCGUACGUGAGGCAGUAAAUGGUCUUCUUGGAGUGGUGGAUUUAAUACGUAAUCAGCAUCCUCUGUCAAUGGUGAAUGCACAUCAUCCAACUUCGUUUGCAGGUAUGCAUGAGCAAACUCAGGUUCUCAGUCCUCAUUGUCUAAAAGACACUAAUAGUGUCUUAGAAACAGAAAACAGCUCCAAUGGAGCAGCUCUUCAAGGUGCUGGUGUGGUGGAUCUUCGCAUGAAACAUCAUCAUCAUCAGCCAGACUUUGGCACAUUAUCGAGCUUCACCGGUGCUUCCGGAACACAGCCGUUAUCAGCACCAAAUAGUCACGUGGUAGAAAAGUAUCUGAAUCACAUUGAAUCCUCGGUGACCACUAGUGAAGAAUCAGAUAACCCAGAAAAUGAGUUUGCCAUUCAGCAGCAACGGACUUCCAUUAUCCCAGGAAGCGUCCAGCAAUCGGCACCUCCAGGAAUACUGACUACUACAGGACAAACUUCAGUAAACGCCUUAGUAAAUUCUGCAGCUGAACAGAUGGUCUCUCCAUUGCGUGCAGUAAAUCCCAAUUCCACCACGAUGUUGAGUCAUGUGACAGCUGAGCACGAAGCAAUUGGUAGCAAUCAGCAGACUAGAUCUAGUCCACCGAUUCCAGUGAAGACGAUGCUGCUGGAGGCAUUGAUUCCGCCGCAAACGGUGCAACCAUUGGCAGCAGCUACAGGUGCGACAUCAGUAUCGCCUGCGACGACAGUGGAACAAACAGGAGAGAGUCUGCUAACUACUAUUAAUGCAGCAUUGUUACCGCAAUUGCCAGAAACGCAAGUCAAUGCGGCAACUGCCACAUCGAAUUCUACGGUCGCUGGCAAUACAAUACCGGCAGAACAUAUGCAACAGCAGAUUCAAGCACUUACGCAGCAAGAAGUGGCCGUGAUGCAGCAGCAAGUACAACAAGUGGAACAAGUAGUAGCACAAGCUCAACAACAAGUUGAGCAAGUUGUUGCGCAAGCGCAACAACAGGCAGUCCAGGCUGUGCAACAGGCUCAGCAACAGGUGGUCCAACAAGUGGUACAGCAUGCCCAAGUAGUGCAACAAGCGGUGCAACAAGUGCAUGCAGUGAAGCAAGUUCAAGCGGCUCAAGUGGUGCAACAAGCGGUAGAACAGGCGAGUCAAGAAGCAGUGCAACAAGCAGUGCAACAAGCGACGCAAGAAGUGGUGCAGCAGGUUCAAGCAGUGCAGCAAGCUGUCCAGCAGGCUCAAGCGGCUCAGGCUAUGCAGCAAGCGGUUCAGCAAGACAUCGGCUCCAUGUUGAAUCAGCCAGCAGGUUUUGUAGCGGAAGCUAGUUCCGCUUUAGCCAGUGGAGCCGCUCAUGAACCUUGUCAACAACGUCUAACUACCGCGGCUGAACAAGCCAUCAACAACGUCAUCACCAAUGCUACGAAGGACAUUAUCAAUAAUCGACCCAUCACGACGACUACCGCUCACGCGAUUAUCGCCACAAAAAAUAUUCUGAAUAGUGUGGCGACACAGAGCGCGCAACUGAUGAAUAACACGAUGGAAGUGAUUUUGCCAAAAUCUCCGCCAACGCAAAACAACAUCGUUGAACAAGUCGCCAGUAAAUCACCACCGGUCGCACUUCCGGUCACUCCAAAUCGCCAGGCUGUGAAUGCCCCGAUUCCCAAUCCCACUACGAAUACAGCGGUCAAUAGGAAACCGGAGGAUGGGAUGCUGCCUCAAGAGCUCACUUCGAUGUCGGAUCACGAUCUUUUGAGUUACAUCAAUCCCAGUUGCUUUGAACAGAAUGGAUUCCUCUUGUAGUACUGCCGCGUUCCUCGCCAAAGGCAGAGAUUAAUCAAGAUUAAUCUCGAUUUUCAGCAUCAUCACAUUAAUUUGAAGCUGACGAUUCUAUGCUAUAUUUAUAAUACGUUAUAUUUUUAUAGAAGAGAAAGCAGAAGUACUUUGCCAACUUUGGGAUUUAAGUUUAUAAUAUAUAAACGCUUCUCAAGAUUUUUAAUAUCUGAAAUAAUUAUAAAACUGCUCGAUUUGUGAAUUGUCAUCUUUAAUGGAGCUUGGGAUACUUGAUCUCUGAUUUAUUGAAUCUUUCAAUUUUAAGAAUUAAUAAUUAAUAACUUUAUUCAAUAAUUAACUUUAUUCGAUUUAACAAUAUGCGAGAUUAGUAAAUUUUUUAUUUAAAGGAUAUUAACAAUUUUAUCAAACACCCAAAGUUUUCGGAGAUACUUCCGAAUCUUCCUACGAUUCAUAGGAAAAAAACGCUACAAGUCCACAGCGGCAGUUCAUUAGAGAUCGAGAACUAUUAAUGUUUAAGUAUAAGACGGGCCCCUAAGAAAGGGCGACAUCGGAUAUUUUUUUCUUUCAUCUCUCUGUUCCUUUGUUUUAUCUUUUACAUGAAUGUUGUUAAUCAUUUGAUAAUUUAUUAUUUAUCUAAUAUUUCUUUUUGCUAUCACUUGCUUCUUUUACAUCACAAACUAUCUUGAAUUUUAUUUUAAUUUUUUAUAUUUUACAUCUUCUUUUAUUGUGUUAAGAUUCAUAGAAAAAUAUUC